GGUACAGUCAACUUUCUGCUAUUGGGUUUGCUGUCUCUGGAGACCCUCUGCGGAGGCGGCUGUGGCUGCUCUAGUCUAAUUUGGAGUGAGAAUGGCCUUCCACACCUCAGAGGAAGAUGCCAAGCUGAAAAAUACUGAAGAGGAUGUGGAAAACCCUAUCCUUGCAAGACUGAACAAUAUACAAGCAAAAGGAAGACUGAGUUUUAUAGUGCCCACAGAAAAUGAAUUUGACACACAAUUCCUGACAUUUAGGCACAAUACAAAAGCUCAAGAGAAAACAAGAAAACGACAGCAGCCUAUAAAACUAGAGCCUCUGCCAGUGCUAAAAGUCUACCAAGAUCGUAAGAAGCCAGAAUACAUAUAUGAACAGAACCGACUUCAGUUAAUCUCUUCUGGAAUCAUAAAACCUCGAAGCACUGAAGAAAGAAAUUUGGCCAAAUUAUCUGUUCAGUUUCUUGGGCCUCAAGAUACUGUGGGGAAGAAAAAACAGAUCCAUCAGCCCUCUGCUGAGAUGUUCUCUCCCUCUCCUCCUAAAUUGUCACGUACCAGUGUUGGAAGAAGAGGUCUGUAUGUGACCAGUUCCUCGGCGUACCCUAAGUACUUUUUCCAUGACCGGGAAGAAGUCGUUAAAGCCAACAUUUGUAAUCCUUUGCAAAUCAUUAAAAUAAUACGUGACAAUGAACAUCUUGGAUUUCUUUAUAUGAUCCCUGCAGUGCCAAGGUCUUCCAUUGAAUAUGACAUGUAUAAUCUCAAAGUUGUAAGUUAUGAGAACAUCAAUAAAAAUGACUACUAUACUAUUAGCAAAAAAGCAGUAACACACAUUUAUAAUGCGGACAUUGAGUAUAUUGAAAUUGAUCGAUGGGAACAGGAGUAUCUAUAUCACAGAGAACUUACUAAGAUUUCCAUAUUUGCACUUUUCCGGAAAUGGAAGGCUUUUAAUGUGUGGAGGAAGAAUGUCCGUUCCAAGAAAAUCAAUGGAUGUCGGCAAUCUCUACAAAAAAAUUUGUUCAUUGUUAAUUCUCAUUUGCGACCAGCACUUCUUAAAAUAAAUAAAUUAUGCUAUCAGUUGAGUUUCAUGGGACUUUGUUAUAUUGAAAAAUGUCAUACCUACACCCUGCAAGAAUUUAAGGCCACACAAAUCAAUCAAUUAAAAGAGGUGACAAAACACCUAGAAGAGUUUCGAAAUGAGGCAAAAGCUGUGGUCAGGAAAGCGUGUCGAAUUGCUCUGCGUACCGCAGGGUUUAUUCCUGAUGACUGCCAACAGAAACCUGUUGAGGAUUAUUGUAAAAUGCCAGAUGGUAAAGGUCUCAUUGAGUUGCCUGCUUAUGCACACUCUGAGAAAAUGACAUACACAGAGCAGGCCAGCAAAAGGCAUCACUGCAUGAGGCUAACAUGCUUUAUCCGUCUAAAUGACUAUCUAAUUGAGAACACAUUGCACGUCCUAACAGUAAAUUCUGUUAACUCUCUUUUGAAUUAUCUCACUGACAAGCUAAAACGAACCCCUCCAGCAGAUGUCAUUCAGAAAUGGAUUACUGAAGAGAAACCUGAAGCCACUGAUAAAAAGGGGACCUCUGUGGCGGAAAAGCAGGAAGAAGAUGAGUCUCUCAUCCCCAUGUUUCUCACAGAACUGAUUUUGACAGUCCAGUCAUUACUCUUCGAGCCUUCUUUGGAAGACUUCCUGGAUGGUAUUUCGGGUGCAAUUAAUCAGUUUCAGAACACUGUGCUAUCAGUUCCUAAUCUUGUACCUGAUACAUACUUUGAUGCUUUUACCAGACCUUACAUUAACAACAAACUUGAAGAAAAAACUUGUGGAUUGGGUCCAAGCCUAUCAGCAGUAUUUGAUGAUGAUAAGAAUUUUCAUACAAUUAUUCUUCAAAUAAAGGAAACCGUGCAGGCAGCAUUUGAAUCUGCUCGAUUAUAUGCAGCAACAUUUGAAAAGUUCCAGAUAUUCUUCAAGGAAAAUGAAAGUCUUGAUUUACAAGCUCUUAAACUUCAAGAACCUGAUGUUAAGUUUUUUGGAGAACAACUGGAAAAAUAUCACAAACAGCACAAGGAUGCAGUAGCUCUAAGACCCACCAGAAAUGUAGGAUUGCUGCUCAUUGAUACAAAGCUGCUAAAAGAAAAACUAAUUCCAUCACCUUUGCGAUGCUUGGAGGUGCUAAAUUAUAUGCUUCCUCGUCAAAGCAAGAAAAAAGUGGAUGCCAUUAUCUCUGAGGCACAAGAUGCAGAGUAUAAACUUGAAUUUGUUCCAACUACCACCAUAGAAUAUGUUAACAGCUUAGUAUUUCUUGAUGAAAUUCAGGAAAGGAUCGAAAACCUUGAAGAUGAAGGGAAUGUCGUGAUUCAAAUGUACAAGCUCAUUGAGCAGUAUCAGGUUCCCACACCUCCUGAAGACUUCGCUGUUUUCGCUACUAUGAAGCCGUCCAUUGUUGCAGUUCGGAAUGCCAUUGACAAGGCUGUGGGCGACAGAGAAACAAGCAUUAAACAGUUUUCACUGCAUUUGGGUAGGGAUCUUGAAGACCUAACCAAUGAAGUCAAUGAAGUAAAGCUACUAGCACAGGACCCACAGAUCUUAGAUAUUACUGCUGACCAAGACAAAAUAAAGGUCAUGUUGCAUGAUCUGCAGUUAGUUCUAGAUGAUCUUCAAAAACGUGCAUUUCAAUAUAAAUCCUAUCAGAAAAAUUUUAAGAUAGAAGUAUCCAAGUUUGAAGCUUUGGAAGAAGUUAGUGCUGAAUUGAAGCUCAAACAAUUGCUCUGGGAUUCUUUAUCUGAAUGGGAUCAACUCCAAGAAGAAUGGUUAAAGUCCAAAUUUGACGGCUUGGAUCCAGAAGUCCUAAAUAGUCAAGUUUCUAAAUAUGUCAAAUUUGUGACUCAAUUGGAAAAAGGCUUGCCACCCAACAGUGUAGUUCCCCAGCUAAAACAGAAGGUGGAAAAAAUGAAAGAAAAGCUUCCAGUUAUCAUUGACUUGAGGAACCCAACUUUGAAGCCGAGACAUUGGGCAGCUAUUGAACAAACCGUUGAUGCCACCCUAGUGGACCUUGAAAUUCCAUUAACCUUGGAGAAGCUCUCGGAGUUGCAUGUUUUUGAUUUUGGCCAAGAAAUCCAGGACAUUUCUGGACAGGCUUCUGGAGAAGCUGCCUUAGAAACAAUUCUUAAAAAGGUGGAAGAUUCUUGGAAAACAACUGAAUUUGUCGUUCUCCCUUACCGUGACUCCAAAGAUGUGUUUAUCCUGGGUGGCACCGAUGACAUACAGGUCCUUCUUGACGACAGCACCAUUAACAUCGCAACCAUUGCCUCGUCACGUUACGUUGGUCCACUGAAAACUCGAGUGGAUGACUGGCAGAAACAACUUGCUUUAUUUAAUCAAACACUGGUGAGACUUCUGGAGACUUUUCAAAAUAAUAAUGCAUUACUUGACCAAAUUCAAAAGUGUCUAGAAGCAUAUUUAGAAUCAAAAAGAGUUAUCUUUCCAAGGUUUUACUUCUUGUCAAAUGAUGAACUUCUAGAGAUUCUGGCCCAGACUCGAAAUCCCCAAGCUGUGCAGCCACACUUAAGGAAAUGCUUUGACUCCAUUUCAAAGCUCGAAUUUGCUCUCAUGCCUCCUACUGAAGGAAAAAUGCCUGGUAUGGAAGGAGAGUCAGAAAAGAUUUACACUAAUGAUAUUUUAGCGAUGCUAUCACCAGAAGGAGAACGGGUUAGCUUGGGAAAAGGCCUCAAAGCCCGAGGCAACGUGGAGGAAUGGCUUGGUAAAGUGGAAGAAGCCAUGUUCACAUCUCUGCGUCGCCUGUGCAAAGCCGCCAUCGCGGACUACCAGGGGAAACCAAGGACAAACUGGGUGAUUGCUGGCCACCCUUCUCAAGUUAUUCUGACCGUUUCUCAAAUCAUGUGGUGCCGUGAUUUGACUGAGUGUCUGGAAAGAGAAGGUGGUAAUCAUAUAGAGGCCCUGGAAGCUUUUGAAAAAGUAAACUUUCAGAGAUUAAAUGCCCUGGCAGCAACAGUUCGAGGCAGUCUUCCAAAACUACACAGAAACAUCAUAACUGCCUUAAUUACUAUUGACGUACACGCAAGAGACAUCGUCACCGAACUUGUUCAAGCCAAGGUAGAGGAAGUGGACUCCUUUGACUGGCAGAGACAACUGCGCUAUUAUUGGGACAUAGACCUGGACAAUUGUGUGGCUAGGAUGGCGCUCUCUCGGUACACCUAUGGCUAUGAGUACUUGGGUGCAUGCCCAAGACUAGUUAUUACUCCUCUCACGGAUCGCUGUUACCUUUGCCUCAUGGGGGCUUUGCAGCUUGAUCUGGGAGGCGCGCCAGCUGGUCCUGCUGGCACUGGGAAAACAGAGACAACCAAAGACCUAGCUAAAGCUCUUGCCAUCCAGUGUGUGGUCUUCAACUGCUCCGAUGGUUUGGACUACAAGAUGAUGGGGCGCUUCUUCAGCGGUCUGGCCCAAUCAGGGGCCUGGUGCUGCUUUGAUGAAUUUAAUCGAAUUGACAUAGAAGUUCUGUCGGUCAUCGCACAGCAGCUCAUUACUAUUAGGAAUGCCAAAGCCGCCAAGCUGUCUAGAUUCAUGUUUGAGGGGCGAGAAAUAAAGUUGGUUAUGACUUGUGCAGCCUUUAUCACAAUGAAUCCUGGAUACGCAGGCAGAACUGAAUUGCCAGAUAACUUGAAAGCCCUGUUUAGACCCUUUGCAAUGAUGGUUCCAAAUUAUGCUUUGAUUGCAGAGGUAAUUCUAUAUUCUGAAGGAUUUGAAUCCAGUAAAAUAUUAGCAAGAAAAAUGACUCAAAUGUAUAAGCUCUGCAGCGAACAGCUCUCCCAGCAGGAUCACUACGACUUUGGCAUGAGGGCUGUAAAGUCUGUACUGGUCAUGGCGGGGUCCUUAAAAAGAGAGAAUCCACACCUAAGUGAAGAUGUGGUGUUGAUAAGAGCUUUACGAGACUCCAACUUGCCAAAAUUCCUAACAGAUGAUGCUCUUCUGUUCAGUGGAAUUAUAUCUGACCUUUUUCCUGGAGUCCAAAUUCCAGAACAUGAUUAUGGUAUAUUGCAGUCAACAAUUAUAGAUGUCAUGAAUAGACAGAAUCUUCAGCCUGAGACAUGUAUGGUUAAAAAAGUGAUACAGUUCUAUGAGACUAUGCUGGUAAGACAUGGUGUUAUGUUAGUUGGGCCAACAGGAGGUGGCAAGACCACAGUUUACCAAAUACUAGCAGAAACUUUAGGGAAUUUGCAAAAACUCGGUGUAGACAAUCCCUUUUACCAACCAGUUAAAACAUACGUUCUUAACCCUAAAUCAAUUACGAUGGGUGAAUUAUAUGGUGAAGUUAAUAACACAACCUUGGAGUGGAAAGAUGGUUUAAUGGCACUAAGUGUCCGAGCAGCUGUGAAUGACACUUCAGAAGACCAUAAAUGGAUCAUCAGUGAUGGGCCCGUGGAUGCUCUUUGGAUUGAAAAUAUGAAUACGGUGUUGGAUGAUAACAAGAUGCUUUGCCUGGCUAACAGUGAGAGGAUCAAACUCACACCUCAAAUCCACAUGCUUUUUGAGGUGCAAGACCUGAAAGUUGCCUCUCCUGCAACAGUCAGUCGAUGUGGAAUGGUGUUUGUGGAUCCUGAAGAACUGAAAUGGAUGCCUUAUGUUAAAACAUGGAUGAAUAAUAUUUCUAAAAAUCUAAAUGAGGAAACCCAAGAAUAUAUAUUGAAACUUUUUCAACGUUAUGUUGAUGAUGGUUUAUGCUUUAUCAAUAAAAAAUGCAGCCAAGCAAUCCCACAAGUGGACAUCAGCAAAGUUACUACACUCUGUUGCUUAUUGGAGUCUUUGAUAUUUGGGAAAGAUGGAGUUAAUUUGGCAAUGGAACAAACAAAACUGAAUACGGUACUAUGUCAGACUUUUAUAUUCUGUUAUUUAUGGUCUGUGGGUGGAAAUCUAACCGAAAACUACUGGGAUUCUUUUGACACAUUUAUUAGAACACAAUUUGAUGAUAAUCCUGAUGCCAGGCUUCCCAGCUCUGGCGAUCUGUGGAGCAUUCACAUGGACUUUGACACCAAACGGCUGGAUCCCUGGGAGCGAAUCAUACCCACCUUUAAGUACAGCCGAGAUGUUCCUUUUUUUGAAAUGCUUGUCCCCACAACUGACACGGUGCGCUUUGGAUAUCUAAUGGAAAAACUACUGGCAGUCAAGCAUUCAGUGUUGUUUACUGGAAUGACUGGAGUUGGCAAGUCUGUCAUUGCAAAAGGAUUGUUGAAUCGAAUCCAUGAAUCAGCUGCCUAUGUUCCUGUUUAUCUAAAUUUUUCUGCUCAAACUUCAUCUGCAAGAACACAAGAGAUCAUUGAGUCAAAACUGGAAAGGAAAAGAAAAAAUAUACUAGGAGCACCAGGAAACAAACAGGUUGUGAUUUUUGUUGAUGAUUUAAACAUGCCCAGACUGGAUCGCUAUGGCUCUCAGCCUCCAAUUGAAUUACUUCGUCAGUAUCAAGAUUUUGGUGGAUUUUAUGACAGAAACAAACUCUUUUGGAAAGACAUACAGGAUGUAACGAUCGUCUCUGCGUGUGCACCCCCAGGAGGUGGCCGCAACCCUGUGACGCCCCGCUUCAUCCGACACUUCAGCAUGCUGUGCCUUCCGAUGCCCUCAGAACACAGUCUGAAACAGAUUUUUCAGGCCAUUUUAAAUGGCUUCCUCAGUGACUUCCCACCAGCUGUGAAGCAAACCGCAUCAAACAUUGUAGAGGCCGCAGUUGAGAUUUAUAACAGAAUGAGUGUUGAUCUUCUGCCAACACCGGCCAAGUCCCAUUACGUCUUUAACUUGAGGGAUUUAUCCAAAUGUGUACAAGGUAUCCUCCAGUGCGAUCCAGGAACAAUAAGAGAAGAAAUGCAGAUAUUUAGACUCUUUUGCCAUGAAUGCCAAAGAGUCUUCCAUGACCGUUUGAUUAAUAAUGAAGACAAGCACUAUUUCCAUGCUAUUUUGACAGAAAUGGCCAACAAACAUUUUGGAAUUGCAAUUGACCUGGAAUAUUUUUUGGCUAGACCCAUCAUCUUUGGAGACUUUAUUAAGUUUGGAGCAGAUAAGACUGAUCGGAUUUAUGAUGACAUGCCUGAUCUGGAGAAAAUUGCAAAUGUUCUCCAGGACUAUCUUGAUGAUUAUAACCUUAUAAAUCCCAAAGAAGUAAAGCUGGUGUUCUUCCAGGAUGCCAUAGAACAUGUUUCAAGGAUUGCCCGCAUGAUUCGUCAGGAAAGAGGCAAUGCCCUGCUUGUCGGAGUAGGCGGCACAGGAAAACAGUCUCUUACAAGACUUGGAGCUCACAUAUGUGGGUACAAAUGUUUGCAAAUUGAACUGAGCCGGGGAUAUAAUUAUGACAGUUUUCAUGAAGACCUGAGGAAGUUGUACAAAAUGGCUGGUGUGGAUGACAAGAAUAUGGUCUUCCUCUUCACCGACACCCAGAUUGUAGUAGAAGAAUUCCUAGAAGAUAUAAAUAACAUCCUGAACUCCGGUGAAGUGCCUAAUUUAUUUGAAAAGGAUGAACUGGAACAAGUUUUAGCAGCCACCAGACCAAAAGCAAAAGAAGUGGGAAUUUCCGAGGGGAAUAGAGAUGAGGUGUUUCAGUACUUUAUCAGUAGAGUCCGUCAGAAGCUGCACAUCGUCCUCUGUAUGAGCCCUGUGGGGGAGGCCUUCCGGUCCCGGUGCCGGAUGUUCCCGUCCCUUGUGAACUGCUGCACUAUUGAUUGGUUUGUCCAGUGGCCUAGAGAAGCACUUCUUUCUGUAUCAAAGACAUUUUUCUCCAAUGUUGACACUGGAAAAGAAGAACUAAAAGAAAAGCUUUCCCUCAUGUGUGUCAAUGUUCACUUGAGUGUCUCCAGUAUGGCAGAACGCUAUUACACAGAGCUCCGGAGACGCUACUACACAACACCCACCUCCUACUUGGAACUCAUCAAUCUCUUCCUGACUAUGCUGAGUGAAAAAAAGAAGCAGUUAGUUUCAGCAUGUGACCGGGUGAAGAAUGGUCUCACCAAGCUAUUAGAAACAAAUGUACUAGUAGAUAAAAUGAAAUUAGAGCUUUCAGCUUUAGAGCCUAUCCUUUUACAAAAAUCACAAGAUGUUGAAGCCCUGAUGGACAAAUUGGCAGUGGAUCAAGAAAAUGCUGAUCAGGUCCGUAGCGUUGUGCAAGAAGAUGAAGCAAUAGCAAAAGUGAAAGCCGAAGAGACCCAAGCAAUAGCUGAUGAUGCUCAAAGAGACCUUGAUGAAGCUCUGCCUGCACUUGAUGCUGCUAAUAAAGCACUGGAUUCCUUAGAUAAAGCCGAUAUAUCUGAGAUCAGAGUUUUUACAAAGCCCCCAGACCUGGUCAUGACUGUUAUGGAAGCAAUUUCUAUUCUCUUGAAUGCCAAACCUGAUUGGCCAACAGCAAAGCAACUUCUUGGUGACUCUAACUUUCUGAGAAGACUUCUAGAAUAUGAUAAGGAAAACAUAAAGCCUCAGAUAUUGGCAAAACUUCAGAAGUAUAUUAACAAUCCUGAUUUUGUGCCUGAAAAAGUAGAGAAGGUGUCCAAAGCAUGUAAAUCCAUGUGCAUGUGGGUAAGAGCAAUGGAUCUAUACUCUAGGGUAGUCAAGGAAGUCGAACCAAAGAGACAAAAGCUCCGUGCUGCUCAGGCCGAACUUGAUAUCACUAUGGCUACUCUGAGAGAAAAGCAAGCAUUACUUAAAAAAGUGGAAAAUCAAAUACAGGCUUUACAAGACAAAUAUGACAAAGGGGUUAAUGAGAAGGAAAGCCUAGCCAAGACGAUGGCCCUGACAAAAGCACGCCUGAUACGUGCUGGGAAGCUAACGGCUGCACUAGAAGAUGAGCAGGUUCGAUGGGAAGAAAGCAUCCAGAAAUCCAGUGAGGAGAUAUCAAAUAUCAUUGGGAACGUGUUUAUAGCAGCAGCUUGUGUAGCCUAUUACGGGGCCUUCACAGCCCAGUAUAGGCAGUCGCUCAUAGAAUACUGGAUCCAGGACUGUCUGUCUCUGGAGAUCCCCAUCAAUCCUUCCUUCAGUCUCAUUAACAUUCUUGGCGAUCCCUAUGAAAUACGGCAGUGGAACACGGACGGGCUGCCCCGUGACACGAUAUCAACAGAAAAUGGCAUUUUGGUUACUCAAGGGAGACGGUGGCCUUUGAUGAUUGACCCCCAGGAUCAGGCAAACCGUUGGAUAAGGAACAAGGAAGGCAAAAGCGGGUUAAAGAUCAUUAAGCUGACAGAUACUAAUUUCUUGCGUACACUUGAAAAUUCAAUCCGACUUGGCUUACCUGUCUUACUGGAAGAGCUUAGAGAAACCUUGGAUCCAGCUCUAGAACCCAUUCUUUUGAAGCAGACCUUCAUGAGUGGUGGACGGAUGCUCAUUCACCUCGGAGACUCAGACAUUGACUACGAUAAAAACUUCAGGUUCUACAUGACAACCAAACUGCCAAAUCCCCACUACCUGCCCGAGGUGUGCAUUAAAGUCACCAUCAUCAAUUUCACUGUAACCAAAUCAGGUCUGGAGGAUCAGCUGUUAAGUGAUGUGGUACGACUUGAGAAACCUGAGUUGGAAGAACAAAGAAUCAAGCUCAUUGUGAGGAUAAACACUGAUAAAAACCAGCUGAAGACUAUUGAAGAGAAAAUCCUGAAAAUGCUCUUUACAUCUGAAGGAAAUAUUCUGGACAAUGAAGAACUAAUUGACACGCUCCAGGAUUCAAAGAUCACUUCAGGUGCCAUUAAAAUCAGGCUAAAGGAAGCCGAGUCCACCGAAAUCAUGAUAAAUGUUGCUCGUGAAAAAUAUCGUCCAGUAGCCACUCAAGGCUCUGUUAUGUUCUUUGUUAUUGCAAGCCUCUCAGAAAUAGAUCCUAUGUAUCAGUACUCAUUAAAAUACUUUAAACAGUUGUUCAAUACAACAAUUGAAACUUCUGUAAGGUCAGAUGAUCUAGAGGAGCGCAUGGGAAUACUCCUGGAACAAACCCUUCUAGCCGCUUACGUCAAUGUUUCGAGAGGACUCUUUGAACAACAUAAACUCAUCUACAGCUUUAUGCUCUGUGUAGAGCUCAUGCAGCAGCGAGAAAGCUUGACUGAUGCUGAAUGGAAUUUCUUUCUCCGAGGCUCUGCAGGAUUAGAAAAGGAACGCCCACCUAAGCCUGGAGUUCCCUGGCUGCAUGAUGCCAUGUGGUUCGCAUGCUGUGACUUAGAAGAAUCGUUUCCAGUUUUUAAAGGACUUACACAGUACAUACUGUUACAUCCUAUUUGCAUACAAAUAGGAUCUUUUGAGACUUAUAUUAACCCACAUGAAUGGGAAGGCUACACUAAAUUGAAGGAGGAAGAAGAACUCAUGACAGAAGAAAAAGAGACCAAAAGCCAUAAUUCUUGGCAUCCAGUAUUAAGUUCUUUCCAAAAACUACUUCUCAUUAAGUGUUGCAAAGAAGAGAAGGUCGUUUUUGCUCUUACAGACUUUGUAAUAGAAAAUCUUGGGAAGCGCUUUAUAGAGACACCACCUGUGGACCUGCCCACUCUGUAUCAAGACAUGUCAUCUAACACUCCCCUGAUAUUCAUCCUAAGCACAGGCUCGGAUCCUAUGGGUGCCUUCCAGAGGUUUGCCCGGGAGAGCGGGUAUUCAGAACGGGUGCAAUCAAUUUCACUGGGGCAAGGACAAGGACCCAUUGCUGAAAGAAUGAUCAAAGAUGCGAUGAAAUCAGGAAACUGGGUGUUUUUGCAAAACUGCCAUCUUGCUGUUUCUUGGAUGUUGGCAAUGGAAGAACUAAUUAAAACCUUCACAGAUCCAAGUAUUGUCAUCAAGGACACUUUUCGACUUUUUUUAAGUUCCAUGCCUAGUAGUACAUUUCCUGUUACAGUUCUUCAGAAUUCCGUCAAGGUAACCAAUGAGCCUCCAAAAGGUUUACGUGCAAAUAUCAGACGAGCGUUUACUGAAAUGACACCUUCGUUUUUUGAAGAAAAUAUACUCGGAAGAAAAUGGAGACAAAUAAUAUUUGGCAUUUGUUUCUUCCAUGCAAUUAUUCAGGAGAGGAAAAAGUUUGGCCCUCUUGGUUGGAAUAUCUGCUACGAAUUUAAUGACAGUGACAGGGAAUGUGCUUUACUGAACCUCAACCUUUAUUGUCAAGAAGGAAAGAUUCCCUGGGAUGCGCUGAUUUACAUUACUGGUGAAAUUACAUAUGGCGGUAGAGUUACAGACACUUGGGAUCAAAGAUGCCUUCGAACUGUCUUAAAAAGGUUUUUUUCUCCUGAAACAUUAGAAGAGGAUUAUAAAUAUUCUGAAUCAGGCAUCUAUUUUGCACCCCUGGCUGAUACCCUACAAGAGUUUAAAGACUAUAUUGAAAAUCUGCCUUUAAUGGAUGACCCAGAAAUAUUUGGAAUGCAUGAAAAUGCCAACCUAGUUUUCCAGUACAAAGAGACCAACACUUUAAUCAACACCAUACUUGAGGUUCAGCCAAGGUCAUCUUCCGGUGGAGAGGGGAAGAGCAAUGAUGAAAUUGUCCAAGAACUUGUUGCUUCAGUCCAGGCCAGAGUUCCAGAAACACUAGAAAUGGAGGGCGCAUCUGAGAGCCUUUUCACCAAGGAUUCGCAAGGACGCCUUAACUCUUUGACUACUGUUCUCGGACAAGAAGUGGACCGCUUUAACCAGCUACUGAAGCUAAUACACACUUCUAUGGAGACUCUCAGCAAAGCGAUUGCUGGCCUGGUGGUGAUGUCUGAGGAAAUGGAGAAGGUGUACAACAGUUUCCUCAACAACCAAGUUCCCUCUCUGUGGUCCACCACAGCCUACCCGUCCCUGAAACCACUAGGAUCAUGGGUCAAAGACCUUAUCCUGAGGACUGAGUUUGUGGAUUUGUGGCUCAAAAGAGGGCAGCCUAAGUCCUUCUGGAUCUCCGGUUUCUUCUUUCCUCAAGGAUUUCUAACAGGAACUCUUCAAAAUCAUGCUCGGAAAUACAAUUUGCCUAUAGAUGAGCUGAGUUUCAAGUACAACAUGAUUCCGACCUAUCGGGAUCAAGCUGCAGUCAUAGAAGCUGCCAAGACAGUGCAGUUUGGACAAGAAUUGCCCAUGGACUUGGAGUUGCCUUCUCCCGAGGACGGUGUUCUUGUUCAUGGAAUGUUCAUGGAUGCUUCUCGAUGGGACAAUACCGAGAUGGUGCUGGAAGAUGCGCUGCCCGGACAGAUGAAUCCAAUGCUGCCCGUGGUGCAUUUUGAACCUCAACAGAAUUAUGUGCCAAGCCCAACGCUUUACCAUUCCCCACUUUACAAAACAGGGGCCCGGGCAGGAACGCUCUCGACCACAGGUCAUUCCACCAACUUUGUGGUAACUGUGCUCUUACCCUCCAACCGGUCCAAAGAUUACUGGAUUGCCAAGGGAUCGGCUUUGCUCUGCCAGCUAAAUGAGUGAAAAGUCGCCACCUCCUGCUAAAAAAGAACCAGAUGAGAUCUUUCCCGAUGGGGAACAAAGAUCUGUGUAACAUAUACGAGCAAAGCAGCUUUACUUCUGAUCUGAUUUCAGGUGGUUAGUGUGGCUUUUCUCUUCUAACCUAAAAUAAAGUGUCUGAGUGUUUCA